GAAGUAUUUUGGAAGUAUACUAUGUAUUUAUAUUUUUUUCAAUAUGUUUUCUAAAUUGAAUUUGAUUGUCAAUUAGAAUGGAUUUAACAAUAGUAUCAAAAUAAAGUGAUAAUGAGCUUGCAGAAAAAGAGCACGUUAAUAUGGCUAUUAUUAUAUGUAAAUACAGCAACUCAAUUUCAGGGAAAGAAAGAAACACCUAAAUGCAACUACAUCAACACCACAUUAGAUGACACGUGCUGUCCCGAUUGCACGAAUCUACAGAAUGACAGCUGUAAGACCUAUGGAUGUCCGAAAGAGUAUUACCAAUUGAAAGGCAAAUGUUACGAAAAGCACGAUGAAUUCGAAUCAAACAUGGUUGUAUGCAAAAGAAAAUGUCCUUCAAGUCAUUAUGGAAUAACACUCAACGAAAAUAAAGUGUGUUUGGCCUGUUUCAUAUUGUGUCAGGAUAGUUCUUUAAAAACAACAUGUUCAUGUGAAGAUAUACUCAAAGAGACACAAUCAAAAGGAAUUUUGUUAUAUAUAUUCAUUGGUCUAUCUGCCCUCCUGGCAGUAGCUUUGGGAAUGAUGGUGGUGUAUGUUUGUUGCAAAAAUCGGAGUGGAGAUAUAAAACGUAAUUCGACGAAAUGCACCAAGAUUGACGGAAGCGACACCAGUGAAAAUCCUAUAUCAUUCAAUGCAGACAAGACGAAGGAAAACAACUUAAGUGGACAACAAAAGGGUUUAUUAUUUUCAAAAGAGGAUGAAAAAGAAGUUGAUGAGAAGCCAAGAUACACAAAAUAUCCAACUUCUACUGAGGAACCAGAAAAGAGUCUCCCAAACAUUCAAUCAGACAGACCUUCAAGUAGUCCAUAUGAAAACUCAAGUUCAAUAAGAAAAAAUGAGGGUUUGACAGAUGAGAUGGAUAAAACGAGAUUUAAAGACACAAAGUGCAACCUUCCACCAAUAAAUGAUGAUGAACGCGAAAUCAAAAUAUCAAAAGGAGGCAUCAGUCCAUCAGAAUCGGAAAUCGUAGAUAGAUCCGUUACAGAAUCUUUUUCUACAACCCUUGAUGUGACCAAUGGAAAUACACCGAAAGAGGAUAAUAAAGAAGGCGACUAUGAUACGGUUGAAGAAGAUCCAGAUGAGAAGGGAUAUGAAACUCUUCAUUUCCAAGACGAAACAAUCGAAAUUUUCGACGUAGAAAAUAUUACUCAAUCGAAAAAGCAAGGUCUAGUGAGAGGACGCAAGGCGGCUUGUUCUUUCAAAAAAUGCAAAAUAUCUGACAAUAAUAAAAAUAAUAACUUUGAGUCAGAUAGCUUUAGUACUGAUAUUAAAAAUCGAGCAAGUGACAUAUCUAGUUCAUCAGUUGAAACAGGAAAGAGUGAGUGUCCAAAAUCGGAUUUGGUGUUAUCAAAGAUAAUUGUAUCUGAGCCUUUCGUCCAAACCUUGCCAGAAUCAGAUGCCCAUCAAUAUGAAAAUUAUCAAGGUUCAACAAGUGAUGUCGAUAAUAUAAAUCCAGUAGAUUUUACAACUGAUGAAGAUACCCCUCUUCCUAUCAUGCGUAAAUAUGCUAAUAUGAAUGUCAAUGAGAAAGUUGCUUCUGCCAACAAGCAUUCAAACAGAUGUAGCCAAGAUAGUUCGGAUAGCAACAAGUCUGAAGAUUCCUACACCUCCGCAUGUAGCCAUAUGUCGCUACAGGAAAAUUCAGUGGUGAAAAUGACCUCAAAUAAAGAAGAAACGAUAAUAGAAAUUGAUGCAUCGAACAUUGUCAGUGAUGUAAAUAACGUUGCAGUACUGAAAGGGUCAGUAGAAGUUACAAAGAUUGCAAGUCAGCCAACUAUCAAUAUUAUAAAUGGAAAUAACGUUUCUUUAAAUCUGGUAUGCAAUUAGAAAAACUAAAACUUUAUAACACUGUGGAUUCAUUUAUUUCGUUGUUACCAAUUUUUGUGGACUGAAAAACACUUGCAUAUUCAUGAAUAUUUGAUUUCGUGGUGUUGCCACAGUCUGCAUAACACCUUGAUGAAUUUUUCAUUCGUUGAACAUUCUAAUUCGUGUUUUACCGAAACCUUCAAAAUUCAUUGAUAUCCAACGAAUAAUAAUGAAUCCACAGUUACUGUAUAACAUAUUCAAACGACAUUGAUUUUAUGGUUAGUAAA